AUGAAGAAGCAGAUCCCAGGAGUGUCAUCCUUCACAGGGAGGGGUGUGGAAACAUCUUCAAAGCAGGGGCCUUUCUCCUGUGUCCCCCUGAUUGGCGUUUGUGAGGAACCACCGCCUGGCAGUGGCCUCACUGGCGUCGUGGGCCACCCAGCUGAGCUGACAGCCGUACCCCAACAGGGCUACUAUGGCUCCUCCAUUGCUGAAACUAGUUCAGGUUAUACAUGGGAAGCUGUUGAUACCAAAAAUAAUGUACUUUAUAAAAUCAACAUCUGCGGAAGUGUGGAUGUUGUCCAGUGCGGGCCAUCAAGUGCUGUUUGUAUGCACGACUUGAAGACACACACUUAUCAUUCAGUGGGUGACUCUGUUUUGAGAAGUGCAACCAGAUCUCUCCUGGAAUUCAACACAACAGUGAGCUGUGACCGGCCAGGCACAAAUCACAGAGUCCAGAGCAGCAUUGCCUUCCUGUGUGGGAAAACCCUGGGAACUCCUGAAUUUGUAACCGCAACAGAAUGUGUGCACUACUUUGAGUGGAGGACCACUGCAGCCUGCAAGAAAGACAUAUUUAAAGCAAAAAAGGAGGUGCCGUGCUAUGUGUUUGAUGAAGAGUUGAGGAAGCAUGAUCUCAAUCCUCUGAUCAAGCUUAGUGGUGCCUACUUGGUGGAUGACUCCGAUCCGGACACUUCUCUAUUCAUCAAUGUUUGUAGAGACAUAGACACACUUCGAGACCCAGGUUCACAGCUGCGGGCCUGUCCCCCUGGCACUGCCGCCUGCCUGGUAAGAGGAGACCAGGCGUUCAAUGUUGGCCAGCCCCAGGAAGGACUGAAGCUGGUGCGCAAGGACAGGCUUGUCCUGAGUUACGUGAGGGAAGAGGCAGGAGAGCUAGACUUUUGUGACGGUCACAGCCCCGCAGUGACUAUUACGUUUGUUUGCCCGUCGGAGCGGAGAGAGGGCACCAUUCCCAAACUCACUGCUAAAUCCAACUGCCGCUAUGAAGUUGAGUGGAUUACUGAGUAUGCCUGCCACAGAGAUUACCUGGAAAGCAAAACUUGUUCUCUGAGCGGUGAGCAGCAGGACGUCUCCAUAGACCUCACACCACUUGCCCAGAGCGGAGGUUUGCCCUAUAGUUCAGAUGGAAAAGAAUAUUUGUUUUAUUUGAAUGUCUGUGGAGAAACUGAAACACAGUUCUGUAAUAAAAAGCAAGCUGCGGUUUGCCAAGUGAAAAAGAACAAUACGUCUCAAGUCAAAGCAGCAGGAAGAUACCAGAAUCAGACCCUCCGAUAUUCGGAUGGAGACCUCACCUUGAUAUAUUUUGGAGGCGAUGAAUGCAGCUCAGGGUUUCAGCGGAUGAGCGUCAUAAACUUUGAGUGCAAUAAAACCGCAGGUAACGAUGGGAAAGGAAGUCCUGUAUUCACAGGAGAGGUUGACUGCACCUACUUCUUCACAUGGGACACGAAAUACGCCUGUGUUAAGGAGAAGGAAGACCUUCUCUGCGGUGCUGUCGACGGGAAGAAGCGCUACGACCUGUCCGCGCUGGUCCGCCACGCAGAACCAGAGCAGAAUUGGGAAGCCGUGGAUGGCAGCCAGACGGACACAGAGAAGAAGCAUUUUUUCGUUAAUAUCUGUCACAGAGUGCUGCAGGCAGACAAGGCGCGAGGGUGCCCCGAGGAUGCGGCAGCGUGCGCAGUGGAUAAGAAUGGAAGUAAAAAUCUGGGAAAAUUUAUUUCUUCGCCCACAAAAGAGAAAGGCAACAUUCAACUCUCUUAUUCAGAUGGUGAUGAUUGUGGUCAUGGCAAGAAAAUAAGAACUAAUAUCACACUUGUAUGCAAGCCAGGUGAUCUGGAAAGUGCGCCAGUGUUGAGAACUUCUGGGGAAGGCGGUUGCUUUUAUGAGUUUGAGUGGCACACAGCGGCGGCCUGUGUGCUGUCGAAGACAGAAGGGGAGAACUGCACGGUCUUUGACUCCCAGGCAGGGUUUUCUUUUGACUUAUCACCUCUCACAAAGAAAAAUGGUGCCUAUAAAGUUGAGACAAAGAAGUAUGACUUUUAUAUAAAUGUGUGUGGCCCAGUGUCUGUGAGCCCCUGUCAGCCAGACUCAGGAGCCUGCCAGGUGGCAAAAAGUGACGAGAAGACUUGGAACUUGGGACUGAGUAAUGCGAAGCUUUCGUAUUAUGAUGGGAUGAUCCAACUGAACUACAGAGGCGGCACGCCUUAUAACAACGAAAGACACACACCGAGAGCUACGCUCAUCACCUUUCUCUGUGAUCGAGACGCCGGGGUGGGCUUCCCUGAAUAUCAGGAAGAGGAUAACUCCACCUACAACUUCCGGUGGUACACCAGCUAUGCCUGCCCGGAGGAGCCCCUGGAAUGCGUGGUGACCGACCCCUCCACACUGGAGCAGUACGACCUCUCCAGUCUGGCAAAAUCUGAAGGUGGCCCUGGAGGAAACUGGUACGCCAUGGACAACUCAGGGGAACAUGUCACGUGGAGGAAAUACUACAUUAACGUGUGUCGGCCUCUGAAUCCAGUGCCGGGCUGCAACCGGUAUGCAUCGGCUUGCCAGAUGAAGUAUGAAAAAGAUCAGGGCUCCUUCACUGAAGUGGUUUCCAUCAGUAACUUGGGAAUGGCAAAGACUGGCCCGACGAUUGAGGACAGCGGCAGCCUCCUUCUGGAAUACGUGAAUGGAUCGACCUGCACCACCAGCGACGGCAGACAGACCACAUACACCACGAGGAUCCAUCUCGUCUGCUCCAGGGGCAGGCUGAACAGCCACCCCAUCUUUUCUCUCAACUGGGAGUGUGUGGUCACUUUCCUGUGGAACACAGAGGCUGCCUGUCCCAUCCAGACAGCAACGGAUACAGACCAGGCUUGCUCUAUAAAGGAUCCCAACAGUGGAUUUGUGUUUAAUCUUAACCCGCUAAACAGUUCGCAAGGAUAUGUGUUCUUCAACAUUGGGAAGACUUUUGUGUUUAAUAUCUGCGGCACAAUGCCUGUCUGUGGGACCAUCCAGGGAAAACCUGCUUCUGGCUGUGAGGCAGAAACCCAAACUGAAGAUCUCCAGAAUCUGAAGCCAGAAAGGGCAGUGGGAAUUGAGAAAAGCCUCCAGCUGUCUACAGAGGGCUUCAUCACUCUGACCUACAAAGGGCCUGUCUCUGCCAAAGCGUGGUUUUUUGUUGUUUCAGACCCGGCUGGAAAUGAGUAUGACCUGAGUGGCUUAAGCAUGGUCAGGAAGCCUUGGACGGCUGUCGACACCUCUGUCGAUGGGAGGAAGAGGACUUUCUAUUUGAGCGUCUGCAGUCCCCUCCCUGACAUUCCUGGAUGCCAUGGCAGCGCAAUGGGGUCUUGCUUAGUGUCAGAAGUCAAUAACUGGAACCUGGGUGUGGUGCAGAUGAGUCCCCAAGCUGCGGCGAAUGGAUCUUUGAGCAUCAUGUAUGUCAACGGUGACAAGUGUGGGAACCAGCGCUUCUCCACCAGGAUCACGUUUGAGUGUGCUCAGAUAUCGGGCUCACCAACGUUUCAGCUUCAGGAUGGCUGUGAGUACGUGUUUAUCUGGAGAACUGUGGAAGCCUGUCCCAUUGUCAGAGUGGAAGGAGACAACUGUGAGGUGAAAGACCCAAGGCAUGGCAACUUGUAUGACCUGAAGCCCCUGGGCCUCAAUGACACCAUCGUGAGUGCCGGCGAAUACACCUAUUACUUCCGGGUCUGUGGGAAGCUUUCCUCAGACGUCUGCCCCACAAGUGACAAGUCCAGGGUGGUCUCCUCGUGUCAGGAAAAGCGGGAACCGCAGGGAUUUCACAAAGUGGCAGGUCUCCUGACUCAGAAGCUAACUUAUGAAAAUGGCUUGUUAAAAAUGAACUUCACUGGGGGGGACACUUGCCAUAAGGUUUAUCAGCGCUCCACAGCCAUCUUCUUCUACUGUGACCGCAGCACCCAGCAGCCAGUGUUUCUAAAGGAGACUUCAGAUUGUUCCUACUUGUUUGAGUGGCGAACGCAGUAUGCCUGCCCACCUUUCGAUGUGACUGAAUGUUCAUUCAAAGAUGGAACUGGCAACUCCUUCGACCUCUCGUCCCUGUCAAGGUACAGUGAGAACUGGGAAGCCAUCACUGCAACGGGAGACCCGGAGCACUACCUCAUCAAUGUCUGCAAGUCUCUGGCCCCGCAUGGCGGCACUGAGCCAUGCCCUCCAGAAGCAGCCGCGUGUCUGCUGGGUAGCUCCAAGCCCGUGAACCUCGGCAGGGUAAGGGACGGACCUCAGUGGAGAGAUGGCGUAAUUGUCCUGAAAUACGUCGAUGGCGACUUAUGUCCAGACGGGAUUCGGAAAAAGUCAACCACCAUCCGAUUCACCUGCAACGAGAACCAGGUGAACUCCAGGCCCAUGUUCAUCAGCGCGGUGGAGGACUGUGAGUACACCUUCGCCUGGCCCACGGCCACAGCCUGUCCUGUGCAGAACAACGAGCAUGACGACUGCCAGGUCACCAACCCAAGCACAGGACACCUGUUUGAUCUGACCUCCUUAAGUGGAAGGGCGGGAUUCACAGCUGCUUACAGCGAGAAGGGGCUGGUCUACAUGAGCAUCUGUGGGGAGAAUGAAAACUGCCCUCCUGGCGUGGGGGCCUGCUUUGGACAGACCAGGAUCAGCGUGGGCAAGGCCAGCAAGAGGCUGAGAUACGUGGACCAGGUCCUGCAGCUGGUGUACAAGGACGGGUCCCCUUGUCCCUCCAAAUCCGGCCUGACCUAUAAGAGCGUGAUCAGUUUCGUGUGCAGGCCUGAGGCCGGGCCAACCAAUAGGCCCAUGCUUAUCUCCCUGGACAAGCAGACGUGCACUCUCUUCUUCUCCUGGCACACGCCACUGGCCUGUGAGCAAGCGACGGAAUGUUCCGUGAGGAAUGGAAGCUCUAUUGUUGACUUGUCUCCUCUCAUUCAUCGCACGGGUGGUUAUGAGGCUUAUGAUGAGAGUGAGGAUGACGCCUCCGAUACCAACCCUGAUUUCUACAUCAAUAUUUGUCAGCCACUAAAUCCCAUGCACGGAGUGCCUUGUCCUGCUGGAGCCGCUGUGUGCAAAGUUCCUAUUGAUGGUCCCCCCAUAGAUAUCGGCCGGGUCGCAGGACCACCAAUACUCAAUCCGGUAGCGAAUGAGAUUUACUUGAAUUUUGAAAGCAGUACUCCUUGCUUAGCGGACAAGCAUUUCAACUACACCUCGCUCAUCGCAUUUCACUGUAAGAGAGGCGUGAGCAUGGGAACGCCUAAGCUGUUAAGGACCAGCGAGUGCGACUUUGUGUUCGAAUGGGAGACUCCGGUCGUCUGUCCUGAUGAAGUGAGGACGGAGGGCUGUGCCCUGACGGAUGAGCAGCUCCUCUACAGCUUCAACUUGUCCAGCCUCUCCACGAGCACCUUUAAGGUGACUCGAGACUCACGCACCUACAGCGUUGGGGUGUGCACCGCUGCGGCCGGGCCAGAACAAGGAGGCUGUAAGGAUGGAGGAGUCUGUCUGCUCUCGGGCACCAAGGGGGCAUCCUUUGGACGGCUGCAGUCAAUGAAACUGGAUUACCGGCACCAGGAUGAAGCUGUCGUUUUAAGUUAUGUGAAUGGUGAUCGUUGCCCUCCAGAAACUGAUGAAGGCAUCCCCUGUGUCUUCCCCUUCACAUUCAACGGGAAGAGCUACGAGGAGUGUGUCAUAGAGAGCAGGGCAAAGCUGUGGUGUAGCACAACUGCGGACUACGACAGAGAUCAUGAGUGGGGCUUCUGCAGACACUCAAACAGCCACCGGACAUCCAGCAUCAUAUUUAAGUGUGAUGAAGAUGAGGACAUUGGGAGGCCACAAGUCUUCAGUGAAGUGCGUGGGUGUGAUGUGACAUUUGAAUGGAAAACAAAAGUUGUUUGCCCUCCGAAGAAGAUGGAGUGCAAAUUCAUCCAGAAACACAAAACCUACGACCUGCGGCUGCUCUCCUCUCUCACCGGGUCCUGGUCCCUGGUCCACGACGGAGUCUCGUACUAUAUAAAUCUGUGCCAGAGAAUAUAUAAAGGACCCCUGGGCUGCUCUGAAAGGGCCAGCAUUUGCAGAAGGAGCACAACUGGUGACGUCCAGGUCCUGGGACUCGUUCACACGCAGAAGCUGGACGUCAUAGGUGACAAGGUGGUUGUCAUGUACUCCAGAGGUUAUCCAUGUGGUGGAAAUAAGACCGCAUCCUCCGUGAUAGAAUUGACCUGUACAAAGACGGUGGGCAGACCUGCAUUCAAGAGGUUUGAUAUCGACAGCUGCACUUACUACUUCAGCUGGGACUCCCGGGCUGCCUGCGCCGUGAAGCCUCAGGAGGUGCAGAUGGUGAAUGGGACCAUCACCAACCCUAUAAAUGGCAAGAGCUUCAGCCUCGGAGAUAUUUAUUUUAAGCUGUUCAGAGCCUCUGGGGACAUGAGGACCAAUGGGGACAACUACCUGUAUGAGAUCCAGCUUUCCUCCAUCACGAGCUCCAGAAACCCGGCGUGCUCUGGAGCCAACAUCUGCCAGGUGAAGCCCGACGAUCAGCACUUCAGCCGGAAAGUCGGCACCUCUGACAAGACCAAGUACUACCUACAAGACGGCGAUCUUGAUGUCGUGUUUGCCUCUUCCUCUAAAUGCGGAAAGGAUAAGACCAAGUCUGUUUCUUCCACCAUCUUCUUCCACUGUGACCCUCUGGUGGAGGACGGGAUCCCCGAGUUCAGUCACGAGACUGCUGACUGCCAGUACCUCUUCUCUUGGUACACCUCAGCAGUGUGUCCUCUGGGGGUGGGCUUUGACAGCGAGAAUCCUGGGGACGACGAGCAGGUGCACAAGGGGCUGUCGGAGCGGAGCCAGGCGGUCGGCGCGGUGCUCAGCCUGCUGCUGGUGGCACUCACCGGCUGCCUGCUGGCCCUCCUGCUCUACAAGAAGGAGAGGAGGGAAACAGUGAUAAGUAAGCUGACCACUUGCUGCAGGAGAAGUUCCAACGUGUCCUACAAAUACUCAAAGGUGAACAAGGAAGAAGAGACAGAUGAGAACGAAACAGAGUGGCUGAUGGAAGAGAUCCAGCUGCCUUCUCCACGGCAGGGAAAGGAAGGGCAGGAGAACGGCCAUAUUACCACCAAGUCUGUGAAAGCCCUCAGCUCCCUGCAUGGGGAUGACCAGGACAGUGAGGAUGAGGUUCUGACCAUCCCAGAGGUGAAAGUUCACUCGGGCAGGGGAGCUGGGGCAGAGAGCUCCCACCCGGUGAGAAACCCACAGAGCAGCGCCCUUCAGGAGCGUGAGGACGAUAGGGCAGGGCUGGUCAGGGGUGAGAAGGCGAGGAAAGGGAAGUCCAGGUCUGCACAGCAGAAGACAGUGAGCUCCACCAAGCUGGUGUCCUUCCAUGACGACAGCGACGAGGACCUCUUACACAUCUGACUCCGCAGUGCCUGCAGGGGAGCACGGAGCCGCGGGACAGCCAAGCACCUCCAACCAAAUAAGACUUCCACUCAAUGAUGCUUCUAUAAUUUUGCCUUUAACAAAAACUUUCAAAAGGGAAGAGUUUUCGUGAUGGGGGAGAGGGUGAAGGAGGUCAGGCCCCACUCCUUCCUCAUUGUUUACAGUCAUUGGAAUAAGGCGUGGCUCAGAUCCGCCACAGGGCGGUACCCUGUGCCCAGGGUUUUACCCCAAGUCCUCAUUUAAAAAUGUAAGACCAGACGCAUCUCAAAACAGAGGGCUGCAUUCUAAGAAACCCUUGCUGCUUUAGGCCCAAUAGGGUGUUUGACCCCAGUAUAUUUUAGCAUUUUAAUUCUCUCCCCCUAUUUAUUGACUUUGACAAUUACUCAGGUUUGAGAAAAAGGAAAAAAAGAAAACAGCCACCGUUUCUUCCUGCCGGCAGGGGUGUAAUGCACCGGUUUGUCCAUCCUGAGACGGCGAGGGACAGUUUCCGGUGGGAUUUUGAACUGGUCAUUGGUGUGUCCCCUGAGUUGCAGCUCAUUCUGUCUCUUUUCUCUUUCGCUUUCUGUUUCUUAAGGGCACACACGUGCGUGCGCGCACACACACACAUACGUGCACAGGGUCCCUGAGUGCCUAGGUUUUGGAGAGUGCGCCUGUUCCAUGCCUUUAGUCAGGAAUGGCUGCAGCUUUUUGCAUGACAUCUUCAAGCCUGGGCGUACAGAGCACAUUUGUCAGUAUUUCUUUCACCGGCUGGUGAAUUCAAACAGCCUGCCCAAAGAUUGAUUUGUGUGUUUGUGUGUGUGUGUGUUUGAGUAGAGUUGAGGUGUCAGAGAAAAUGAACUUUUCCAGAUUUGGGGUGUAGGUCUCAUCUCUUCAGGUUCUCAUGAUACCACCUUUACUGUGCUUAUUUUUUUAAGAAAAAAGUGUUGAUCAACCAUUCGACCUAUAAGAAGCCUUAAUUUGCACAGUGUGUGACUUACAGAAACUGCAUGAAAAAUCACGGGCCAGAGCCUCGGGCCUAGCGUUGCACUUGGCCUCAUGCUGGAGGGAGGCCGGGUGGGCACGGCG